AUGGCGGAAGUGGAGCAGAAGAAGAAGCAUACUUUCCGGAAGUUCACCUAUCGGGGUGUUGACCUGGACCAGCUCCUCGACAUGUCCUACGAGAAGCUGAUGCAGCUGUACAGCGCCUGCCAGCGCCGGCGGCUCAACCACGGCCUGCGCCUCAAGCAGCACUCCCUCCUCAAGCGGCUGCGCAAGGCCAAGAAAGAGGCCCUGCCCAUGGAGAAGCCUGAGGUGGUCAAGACCCACCUGCGAGACAUGAUUAUCCUUCCGGAAAUGGUGGGCAGCAUGGUUGGCGUGUACAAUGGGAAGACCUUCAACCAGGUGGAAAUCAAGCCUGAAAUGAUUGGCCACUCUUUGGGAGAGUUCUCCAUCACUUACAAGCCCGUUAAGCACGGCCGACCUGGAAUUGGGGCCACCCACUCCUCUCGGUUCAUUCCUCUGAAGUAA